UCUUCCUUUGCGUGAUGACGCAUUCCACAACGUCUUAGACGGGGCGAAAAUGGCGGAGUAUCUGGCGUCCAUCUUCGGCACAGAGAAAGACAAGGUAAAUUGUUCCUUCUAUUUCAAAAUUGGAGCCUGCAGACAUGGAGACCGAUGCUCAAGAUUGCACAAUAAACCAACCUUCAGCCAGACCAUCUUGAUCCAGAACAUCUACCGUAACCCUCAGAACAGCGCUCAGACUGCCGACGCCUCUCGCUGUGCCGUGAGCGAUGUGGAAAUGCAGGAACAUUACGACGAGUUCUUUGAGGAGGUGUUCACAGAGAUGGAGGAGAAGUAUGGAGAGGUGGAGGAGAUGAAUGUGUGUGAUAACCUCGGUGACCACCUUGUCGGCAAUGUAUAUGUGAAGUUUCGUCGUGAGGAGGACGCAGAGAAAGCAGUCAUGGACCUGAACAACCGCUGGUUCAACGCCCAGCCCAUCCACGCAGAGCUGUCCCCGGUCACUGACUUCAGAGAAGCCUGCUGCCGCCAGUAUGAAAUGGGGGAAUGCACCCGAGGAGGAUUCUGCAACUUCAUGCAUCUGAAGCCCAUAUCACGGGAACUCCGUAGGGAGCUCUACGGCCGCCGCAGGAAAAAGCACCGCUCUCGUUCCCGUUCCCGAGAACGGCGCUCCCGCUCCAAGGAUCGACGGCGGGGCGAUCGCGAGAGGCGGAAGUCCAGGGACCGGGAGCGGUCCGGGAGGUUCUGAAAGAGGCUGAGACUGAUGCAUUGAAUCCCCUACUUCCUAACCCAGCAAUGUUUUUGUGUUUUUUUUCUUCUUUUUUUCUGUUUUUGUUUCGAUGACUUGUUGAAACUGUUAUUUUCUUUUAUUCAAUUUUUUUAAAAGACAAGCUCGUGUCGCUUUCUCAAUAAAACAGAUUUGUAACUGCA